AUGAAGAGGCGCCGUGCACUUUCUCCAGGCGGUUUUGGAGGAGACAGCGGACCUGGAUCUGUUCUUGUGAGCCAGAGGCCUGACCUCACAAAUUGGCCUACGGCCAACACUGAGCAUUCCGCCGGAGAUGCGCUGAAGCUCGGGGAGCAGGCUGGUGCCCAAACGCUUGAUUUGGAGUGGGUGCACCUCCACCCUACAGGGUUGGUACAGGAAGAUGAUGCAACUGCCAAGCGUAAGGUCCUUGCCGGAGAAUCAUUUCGUCUUGCUGGGGGCUUGCUGCUGAAUGGUAGUGGUGAUCGCUUUUGCAAUGAGCUCGGGCCAGCUGAGCACAUUGUUGCAGAGAUGCAGAAAAACCCUGGACCUUUUCGGCUUUGCUUGAACACAGCAGCUACCCGAGAAUUGCAGUGGCAAUGUCGAUCGCACAUUAGUCGAAGGCUGAUGAAAUGCUAUGCAUCUGGAAGAGAUUUGGCAGAGGAUAUGAAGAUCCCAUUGCGAAAGUUAAUCGAUGUGCACGACGCUCAUGCCGAAGCCUUUCGAAACACGUUGCGCGCAGCAGAGGCUGGCCCUUGGCCAUGUUUGAACGGAAGGCGUUCCUGGGACGAGACAAGCGGAAAGACUGGAUAUGGGAAGUGCGAUUUCAAACAUGUCUUGGUGGGAUCCAGAGUUGCAGACGAGCCAUUUCAUGUGGCGAAAGUGACACCAGUGAUCCUCUACUGCUCAGGGGGUAUAAAGAUCAACGCGCGAGCCGAAGUUCUAAAAAAUGAUGGGACGCCCGUUCCGGGUCUUUAUGCCGCGGGCGAGUCAACUGGUGGAAUCCAUGGCAAGAGAGCUUUGGCAGGCAACUUGCUGCUGGAUUGUUUGGUGUUUGGAAGGCUCGCGGCCAAAUCUGCUUGCAAGUACAUAUUUGGAGAAGAUGAUGAAUUUAGACCUUGCCCUUCACAAGCUUCCGAGAGACAGCAAGAAAAGGGCCACUUCUGA